CAACUGUGGUAGUGAAAAGAUACUGUCUUCAGUGCAUCAUUUAAAUGUCUAUGGAUGCAAGGUCAAGGCUAGUUCAGGCUUUUAACGAUUUUGGAGGUCGUGUUUCCAGUGAACAAAUCCUCAAAUUCAUUAAAGAUGAUGAACUAUUAAGCCGAGAAACACGGUAUUCUGUUAAGAAACUAAUUGCUUCAAUUGCUGUGGUUGAAUACGCUUCGGUAGGAAAUCCAUGAUAUUUUGUAUAUGGAUUUUUUUAUCAGGACAAAAAGAGAGAAUCUAGCUUGUAAUGUAUGUGCACCCAUUUGGUUUAUUUAUCUAUCUAUCAGAUGUGUCAAUCUACUCAAACAAUAACUUCACAGUCUUCAGAAAACCAAAAUGUUCCAAAAUCAGCAAUUCUAUCACCUCAAGAAAGUCAGUCAGCAAAAUCUCCAGUGGCCCAUAAAACACCUCCGUCUUCUCCUCAGUUAACUCCUACCACCACUAUUACCACUCCUGCUACUUCUGUCAAUGUUGCUGCUGUUCGUCCUUCUGUCUACUCUACAUUUACUAGCAACGAAACUCGUUUAUGGUGGAUGGCAGUUAUUGAUUGUCGUGUAGCAGAUAUGAAACGUUUGCUAGGAAUAAAUCCUAAAUUAGCUAAUUGGGCUGAUCCAGUGAAUGGUUGGACUGCAUUACAUUACGCAGCAAAAUUUGGUAAUAUCAACUGUAUGAAAUUAUUGAUUAAUCAGUAUCAUGCUAAUGUAAAUAUACGAAGUAGGAAUGGGCGUACACCCUUACAUGUCGCUGUUGUUCAUUCACAACGUGUUACUAUUCGUGCUUUAGUUGAAGAUUUCAAAGCUGAUCCAACUUUAAUGGAUUUUUCUGGUUACUUUCCAUAUAUGCUACUUGAGAAUAAUUUGAAAACUGAAUAUGAACCUUUUUUAACACAUGGUCGACUUCAACGAAUUCGAACUGCAUUAAAAGUUUUUAAAGCAUCAAAUGUUUCCAAUGAUUCUUCAAGUAUCACUAAAGAUAGUUCCAAUAAGAAAGGUGUUGUACUUAUGGAUCAUUCAAUGGUUGACUUUAAACGACCUGUUAUGCUUCCAGUUGUAUCUAGACGAUUAGAGAAUUUCAAACGACCGACAAUACAACAACAACAACAAAAUCAUUUAAAUCGAACAUCUACCUUAAAACCGAUUAAUCAAAAUUCUGAACAUAGUUUACGACGUCCAUCUGUGUUUGAAGGUAUUUUAAAAUCUGCUGCUGAAGCUGCUCAACACUGGAAUAAUAAUAAUAAUAAUAAUUGUAAUAAUGAUCAUACAUCAAGUGUUAAAUUGUCAUCAGAAUCCAAUGAAGAACAAACUAAUAAUGGUAAUGCUAAUGUCAGUAAACCUCUUAAUGCUUGUUCUUCUUCUUCUUCGACGACAACGACAGAAUCAACCACCACCACCACAACAACAACAACAAUAACUAAUCCUCAUACACGUUUAGUACAACGUUUAGAUUCAAUGAUUUCAUUAAGACGUGAACAGAAUGCAUUAUCUAAUCUUACAAAUAGUAAUCAUUCUAGUGAAAUAGGAUCAUCAUUUGAUUUAUCUACUUCAUUAGAUUAUAAUGAUUAUUUUUCCACUAUGAAUUAUCAGCAUCGGAAAGCAAAUACAUUAGAUCGUCGAUUUCCUCUUCCUAUGGGAAGUCAUAAUUUGAAAAAUCCCUCUCAAUCUACAGAUCCAUAUACUUUGAAACUGUUGUUAUCAUUAUUACCUCCAGUACCAUCUACAUCUACAUCAUCAUCAUUAUCAUCAUCAGUAUAUUUAAAAAAUGUAAAUAGUUUUGAUGAUAGUAAACCAAAAAAAUUAACAUCCCUUUCAUCAUUUCAUAAACAUUUCAACAAAAAAUUACAUCGUUCUUUAUCUAAUUCAUCAACUGGUACAUCAUUUAAAACAAUAAGAAUCUUUAGUAAACAUUGUUCCUAUGAUGAUAGUAACCAGGAUAUAUUACAUGAAUUUCAUUCAUUACCUAAUCGUUAUCAUUCAUCUAAUAUUGAAAUUGAGAAAGUAAUCAAUGAUGUAUAUCAUUCAAAAUCACUUUCAACAACUGCAUUAUUAGCUGAAACUGAUUUACGUCAAUUAUUAACCAUGAAAGUAUCUAAUGUUAUUAAACGUAAAGCAUCUAAUGUAAGUCAACAUUCAAAUCAAUCACAAGUAAAAUGAUAAUGAUGGUAAUCAUAAUUAUUGAUUCUACUCAUUACCCUCCAUCCCUUUCUUUCUUUCUUUCUUUCUUCUCCUCCUCUCUCUUUCUCUCCAUUCUACUUAUAUUCAAUAAGUUGUUUAUAUUUAACUGUUGUCAUGAUUAAAUCUCAUCCUGAUUGAUUGAUUAUUGUUUUUUUAAAAAAAAAAAGAAAUCAAAAGAUUCACUGUAUUCCUUGUUUGUUUGUGGAUUGGUCGAAGUUAGAUAUUAAAAUCAUCGAAUGCUGGCUUAGUGGCCUAAUGGUUGGGUGCUCGCGCGCAAGAUUGAUAGGUCCAGGGGUUCGAAUCUCGCGAGGCAGGAUCGUGGAUGGGCACUGCCACUGAGGAGUCCUGCAAUAGGACGAAAUAGCCUUAAAGCAGUGCUUACAGGUUUUCCAUGGUAGUCUAGCUUCAAUUGAUUCAUGAUUUCAACUGUGAAAAUAUUGAAAUCUCCACAAAACCCCUUCUGUUUAAUUUUCCUUUUUUGUAUUUUCUUUUCAAUUUUUCUUUUCUUGAUGUUGAUUCGCUUGUUGUAUCCAUAAUUCAUUAUAUGAAAAAAGGAUUCUAUUUCCUAUUAUGUUACUACGUAACAGUCGCUAUGAUUAUUAUUACUGUUACUAUUAAAACUGAUCAAAUAAAUUGUAAUAAGAUGAAUAAAUAUGUUCUUUCUAUUG